UCAGCAACAAAUGGGGGAAACCUACACUCCCAUUCCCCUAAUUCAUUUCUGAGUGUUCGAGGUUGAGCUAGCUACCCAAGGCUACAAUCCUCCUCAAAGUCACUCCUUUUCAGUUUUUAGCCCUUUUUUUGACUCACUAUUUGUGCCACAGCAUCACCUACUUGCUUUCUUUGCAGUUUUUCUUCUUAUAUUUUCUUGCUCUCUCUGUGUUGUAUUCUCAUGCUUCGUCGUUAACGUGGGUUUUGAGACUGACCGUAGAAUUUCGGUCUACCCUGUAUCUUCAGAAUGCUUUCUGUGAGGGAUUUUUGGAGACGGCAUAGGAGGAAGGUUUUCUACACUGUUGGAGUUUUGGGAAGUGGGUACCUUUUGUAUAAACUCUAUGGUGCUCACAGGCAUGGGGUUCAGGAACUUGAAAGAGAAGUCGCAGCUCAGAGGGAAACAGAGGAGCUCAUGAAGGCUCAGAUGCAAGCCCACUUUGAGAAUAUUCAGAGGAUUUCUGAUGUAACAUUGCCUCAUGCUAUGCACGACUUAAAUUUUCGGAUCACUGAAGAGUUGGAUCUUUCUCAUCUGCUUGAAAGGCUAAUACAAGGAAAGGGUCAGCCAAACAGCUUAACGCAAUCAGAGAAACUAGAUUUAUGGAGUAGACUCAAAAUUCUAAGUUUUACAAGGAUGACAUUGUCGGUAUGGGCUACAACAAUGCUUAGCUUAUAUACAAAAGUUCAAGUCAAUAUACUAGGAAGGCAUCUAUACAUUGAUACAGCACGAAGCCUUGGAAUCUCUGAUUUAUUGGAAAGUGUAGAUGUGGUUGAUAGGGAAGACCACAAGAAAUUUCUAGAUAGUGUUGAUUUUCUCUCUCAACAUGGCAUGCCUGCCUUGAUUUCUGAUAUGGAGGCUGCAACAAAAGAAGUUCUCAAAGGAAAGCAGUUGAGUACUUUCUUCACCAGCACAACACUCCAUGAAACUGUCAUGCAGAUACUCAGCACCUUCAUGAGCAUGGGGAGUCCAAAUUAUUGGAUAAAGUAUAUGAUUCCAGAACAUGUCAAACCGUAUUCAUCAGGUUCUAGCAGUGACCCUAUGCUAUCUGAUAUGACCGAGUAUGAACAACUUAUGAUGGAAGCACGGGCCGUAUUAUCAAGUGCUGAAUUUGGAAGCAUUGUGGAGAUAUCUCUGCAAGCAGUGGUGGAUAAACUGGUGGAGCUCAUGGGGGUUAAAUUCAAAGGAGGAAGCAUAACUGCGGGCUUGCCACUGGCCAGAGUAUUGCCUCAGGUUGCACAGAUGUGUCCUUUGCUCCUUGAAGAACCCAGCAAAAAUCAGUUCAUCCAAAUCAUUAAAAAUAUACAGGAGGUUGAGGUUUUUUUCACACUCCUCUAUGCAAAUAUGCCACAUGCCCAGUGAUUACUAUUCAUGUUUCAAAUGAAAGAAACCAAAAUGAUUAAAUUUAUUGCAUGGAAGGCAUCGGACAAUGUACAAAAAAUUAGACGAGGUUCAAAGAGAGAUAUAGGAGCUAAAUUAUCAGCUUUCAUCUUUUCAAUGUCAUAUUUCCCAUUUGUUGUAUUUAGUGAUGCAUAAUGCUCCCCCUUUGGCUUUAACUCCGCGUUUGGGGAACCCUUUUUUUAGGACUACAGCUUGCUUUGUUAUCAGUGCUGUACACACGGGAAAUGACUUUCAUCAUUUACUUUGUUCAUGCACUGCUUCUCAAAAAUCGUCUUUCAUAUUUCGAAAUACCCUUUUAUUUGGGAACAUAUGAAAAUACAAGUGAAUGAUUUGAUUA